AUGAUCACCUAACCAACUGAAAUCAGCCAGACCGGACACGACAAUGGACGACGAUGAAUACGGUGAUGCCUACGAUGUGCUUGUAGCGCUCGCCACGCAAGCCGGCCCCUCGAGAGCGCCUCAACAACCGCAACCACAGGCCGCCCCGAGGAUUCAGCAGCCGACACCGCAGCGCCUCGACCGAGCCCCGCCAGCGAACCGGACCUCCUCCGGCUCAGGCCCGCCCAAGGUUGUGCAACCUGCUCCGCAGGCCUUGCCCGCUCGCGGUUCUGGAUCCACCAUUCUCGUCUCGCCGCGGCAGAAGGGCAACCCGGUGCUAGCCUGCCUGAAGUCGGUCCCAUGGGAAUACAGCGACAUACCGGCCGACUACGGGCUCGGGUUGACCACCUGCGCUCUGUUCCUCAGCCUCAAGUACCACCGCCUGCAUCCGGAAUACAUCUACACGCGCAUCCGGAACCUGCGGGGCAAGUACAACCUGCGCAUCCUGCUCACGCUCGUUGACAUUCCCAACCACGAGGACGCGCUGCGGGAGCUUUCCAAGACGUCCCUGGUCAAUGACGUGACCGUCAUCCUGGCCUGGUCUGCCGCCGAGGCCGCCCGCUACCUGGAACUCUACAAGUCGUACGAGCACGCCGGCUUCGCCGCCAUCCGCGGCCAGCAGGCGACGAGCUACGCGGAGCGCCUUGUCGAGUUCGUCACCGUGCCGCGCAACGUCAACAAGGCCGACGCCGUCGCCCUCGUCAGCGCGUUCGGCAGCCUCCGCCACGCCGUCAACGCCGACCCCGAGCAGAUCGGCGUCGUCGGCGGCUGGGGCGAGAAGAAGGUGCGCGCCUGGUGCCGGGCCGUGAGGGAGCCGUUUCGGGUACAGAAGGCGGGGAGGAGAAGAGGCGGAGCUGGGGUUGGAACUGGGGUUGGGGCGCGUGCUGCUAGCGGCAAGGGAGCGUUGGGAGAGGGGUCGACCGGAAGGAAAGAGGAGGAUGAGAUUGAGGCUGGGACAGAGGCUGCAGUCGCGGAGAGCAGAGUGGACGCCGAGGCUGCUUCGAGGAAUGGGCGGCCGGAUCCGACCGUGCCUGUCCGAACCCCGUCAGUCACUGCCACGUCUUCGUCAGCAGCGGCGCCAGCACGCAAGGACGACGAGCUGAGCGACGGUGUGGCCGCCGCGUUGGCAAAACUUAGGGAGAAAGGUUAACCGUUACUCCCGGUGUUGCCGACGUGAAGUCUGGGCAACCUAUUCGCCGCACCACGCCAAUACCUGCAUGCCACUAGCGCAGGCACAGUCACCCAUCAUUGAGCGGAUAUGCUCCGACAGCAUAUAUGUCGCAGUACCGGCCGGGGCAUACCCGAAC